AUGUUGCUGUUUAUUUUGAUAACCUUAUUGACCCUGGGAUCUGUACAUUCAGAAAGAACCCCAAGGAAAAAAAGAGAGGUGAAUCCUGAAGCAUUCAUGAAUAUUAGUGAAGUCAUUCAGUAUCAAGGCUACCCCUGUGAAGAGUACGAAAUCCUUACAGAUGAUGGCUAUUAUCUUAACACUAACAGAAUUCCUCAUGGCAGAGACAAUUCAGAGAAGAGAGUUUCCAAGCCUGCUGUGUUAGUGAUGCCUGGUAUACUUACGAACUGUGGAACGUGGGUGGCUAAUAUGCCAAACAACAGCCUGGGCUUUAUACUGGCGGAUGCUGGCUUUGAUGUUUGGUUGGCGAACAACAGAGGCAGCAGAUGGUGUAGAUUGCAUCAGAAUCUUUCAUAUAAUGAAGAAAAAUUCUGGAAUUUCAGUUUUCAUGAAAUGGCGAUGAAUGACUUGCCAGCCAUUGUCAAUUUUAUUCUAGCUAAAACUGGACAGGAACAAAUCUUUUAUAUUGGCUAUUCCCAGGGCUCUACCAUAGGUUUCAUUGCAUUUUCAGCCAUGCCUCUGUUAGCUCAGAAAAUUAAAAUAUUUUUUGCACUGGGUCCUGUUUAUCUGCUGAACCACAACAAAUCUCCAUUUUCAAAAUUUGCAUUUUUGGCUGAAGGCCUUGGAAAGACUGUAUUUGGCAAGAAAGAAUUCUGUAUUUUCCCUAACAACAGGACAAGAGUAUUCACUGCUCAUUUGUGUGACAAGGGUUUCUGGGACAAAGUUUGUUCCAAACUUGUUUUCAUAGCUGGUGGAAUUAGCAACAAAAAUGUAAAUGUGAGUCGAAUGGAUGUCUUUGCAUCACAUUUACUGGGCUGUACAUCAACAAAAAAUAUCCUUCAUUGGGUACAGGUAAUCAAGAGUAGAGAGUUCAAGUCUUUUGACUAUGGUUCUGAGAAUAUAGAGAAAUAUAAUCAAACAACCCCUCCCUUCUACAAUAUAAAAGAUAUGAAAGUGCCAGUGGUUAUGUGGACUGGUAGCAAAGACUUAAUUGCUACACCAAAGGAUACUGAACUAUUGCUCCCUCUUCUUCAGAAACUGAUAUUCUACAAAGAAAUUCCUGACUGGAUGCAUUAUGAUUUUGUUUUUGGUCUUGAUGCACGUCGACAAGUGUAUGAUGAACUUGUCGAAAUCAUCAGCAAUUUCCCAUAA